AUGAUUGAUCGUCUAAUGAAACGUCGUGGUAUGGUUGAUGCCAUGUUUACUAAACGUGAUUGGAAAGGGUUAACUGUGGCACAAGAAAUGAAGAUUCGUUCAUUAGCAUUUAAUUAUGAUGAUUGGGAAAUGUUGGAUGCACUUCGAGUUUCUCUUGAUCCUUUUGAUCGAGUUACUACGAUUCUCUCAGGUGAUUAUCCAACACAAUCACUCUCUUAUUAUGCUCUUCAAACACUUGAAGAAAGUGUUCAAUAA